GCACAUUUCUCUGCUACAUCGGUCUGAAGGACACUUUCCUGGACCUUUCACAGAGAAAACCAAAUCAAAACAAACCAAAAGACCCAUACCUUGAAACAGAGAAGAAAUUGGCACUUUCUGCAGUGGGAUGAAGCAUGUAAGGCAUUUCACUCCCUCCUUAUUUCUCAGUUUGGUGCACGUUUGUCUGGUUCAGGCAAAUUAUGCCCCCUAUUUCUUUGAUAAUGGAGCCAGAAGCACCAAUGGGAACAUGGCACUUCUCAGCCUUUCGGAGGACACACCUGUGGGUACCCAUGUGUACACUCUUAAUGGAACUGACCCAGAAGGAGAUCCCGUGAUGUACAGCCUGGCCUAUGAAGCUGGAUCAAGACGCUACUUUUCUGUUGACCAGAGCCUUGGAAACGUUACACUGAUUGAGGAGCUUGACAGAGAGAAGGAAGAUGAGAUUGAAGUUAUUGUCAGUAUUUCAGAUGGCCUGAGUACAGUAUCUGAAAAAGUCAGGAUCCUUGUAAUGGAUGCUAAUGAUGAGAGCCCAGAGUUCAUCAAUACACCUUACAUAGUCCAGGUCCCAGAGAACACUCCCUCUGGCAGCAGUAUUUUUAAGACUGAGGCAGUGGACAAAGACACAGGCUCUGGAGGAAGUAUCACCUACUUCUUGCAGAACAUCCAUGCUAAUAAGUUUACAAUAGACCGUCACAGUGGUGUCCUGCGCAUCAAAACAGGGGUCACCCUGGACUAUGAGAAGUCACGAACACAUUUUAUUGUUGUCGUAGCCAAGGAUGGUGGUGGGAAGCUCCGGGGAGACAACAAAGUCUUUUCAGCCACAACAACAGUUACUGUCAAUGUGGAGGACGUUCAGGACACUCCUCCCAUGUUCAUUGGGACUCCCUACUAUGGAUAUGUUUAUGAGGAUACACUUGCAGGCUCGGAAGUCCUUACUGUUGUUGCUCUUGAUGGAGACAGAGGAAAACCUAACAGUAUUCAUUACAGCAUUGUGAAUGGAAGUGAAGGUUCCUUUGAAAUCGACAACACAACUGGAGCCAUUUCUGUUAUAAAAAGCCCAAAUCAGCUCAAGAAAGAAGUGUAUGAACUAAAAGUUCAGGCAUCAGAAGUCGGUCAGGAAGGUGACAUCUCAGCGUACGCUUUUGCCAUGGUGACUAUUCGGGUGGUCGACCUCAACAACCAUCCACCAACAUUCUAUGGAGAAAAUGGUCCUCAGAACAAAUUUGAACUGACCAUGUAUGAGCAUCCCCCGGAGGGUGAAAUCUUGAGGGGAUUGAAGAUUACAGUCAAUGAUUCAGAUCAGGGAGCCAAUGCUAAAUUCAACCUCCGUCUUGUUGGACCUGGUGGCAUCUUUCGAGUGGUUCCUCAAACAGUCCUGAAUGAGGCUCAAGUUACAAUAAUAGUGGAAAAUUCUGCUGCUAUUGACUAUGAGAAAUUCAAGGUGUUAACCUUCAAGCUUCUUGCAAUAGAGGUGAACACACCGGAGAAAUUCAGCUCAACAGCUGAUGUAGUGAUACACUUGCUAGAUACCAAUGACAAUGUCCCAAAGUUCUCUUCUGACUACUACAUUGCCAGGAUCCCCGAGAACUCUCCAGGAGGCUCAAACGUAGUUGCUGUUACAGCUACAGAUCCCGAUUCAGGGCUUUGGGGAGAAGUCAAGUACUCCAUCUAUGGAACAGGAGCAGAUCUGUUCCUAAUCCACCCAUCAACAGGUAUAAUUUAUACCCAGCCCUGGGCUGUAUUAGAUGCUGAAGUGAACUCAAAGUAUAAUUUCUAUGUGAAGGCAGAGGACACAGAUGGGAAAUACAGCUUGGCUGAAGUGUUUAUCACUGUGCUAGAUGUCAAUGACCACUCUCCAGAGUUCAAUGAAAACAUCCAGGAAAAGACGAUGAUCAUUGGGUCACCAGUGAAGAUAGAGGCUAUAGAUCAAGAUGCAGAAGAACCCAACAACAUUGUGGAUUAUUCCAUCAUGCAAGCAGAUCCAGCCAACGUGUUUGAUAUAGACCAAAGCACUGGAGAAAUCAAACUGAAAUCCUAUAUCCGUUCCCUGGACAUCAUCCACAAUAUCACAAAGAACAAAGACUGCAUAUGGUCAGUGGUGGUGCAGGCCAAAGACCGAGGCUCCCCAUCCUUCAGUACCACAGCAGUCCUGAAGAUUGAUAUCACAGAGGAGACUCUUCACAAAGGGCCUAUGGCCGCCUUUUUGAUGCAAACUAAAGAUAACCCCAUGAAAGCCUUAGGAGUGCUAGCUGGUGUCAUGGGCAUAAUGGUGCUGAUAACUAUCAUGAUCUCUACUGCCAUGUUCUGGCGCAACAAGCGGUCCAACAAAAUUAUGCCGGUAAGAAGGAUCAUAAAAAAGAGACAGACCCCACAGCCCCGAACAAUAAGGAUGGAAUGGCUGAAAUUCAAGAGGCCCAGCAAUGCUGCAGGGAAGUUUAUUGUUGAGGAUGAUGCCAAAGAUCUGCACAAUGAGAACAGCAACAACAACAUCCAGGUUGCCCCUGUGCCGCCGACUGCUCCCUUGCCUCCGCCGCCCCCCAAUGUGGCUCCCAGGGGUGACGCCUCAGGAUGGCAGGUGCCAACUGUGUCCGGCUCCCUCACUCCCAAGUUUAUAAACAAGCAGGUGAAGAAGAGAGGUCAUGGCAGUGCCCACAAUGCCCUUGUGUCAGAGCUCAAAAUGAAGUUUGAGAAGAGGAAUGCAGCUAUGGGUGAGCCCCACAUCUAGGUGCUCUUGGCAGCCCCCAGUGACUACAGAUUGUGGCUGUGCAUGGAUAUAUUUACGUGCUGUGGUUUUCCCUGUGUCUGUCAGCAUUCUGUGAACUGACAGCAGCUUUGUGCUGGAAUAGACACCCCUCACCUUCUGCAGGUAUUACAUGCUACAGAGUCACCCCACCUAUAGUAUAGCUGCGGUCAUUGUCCAGUUGUGGCUGCAGUUCCUUUGGCUUGUGUCCCAGUGCUGGUCCUUCCCAACAGCUGUCUGAGCAGGGUACCGAGUACCUUCAGGCCAGCCACAGUUUCCCCAAGUGAACAGGG